CCAGGAAGUCAGUGAGUUGUGAGCUGUCGCCGCGUUGCGUUCUUCUCCUUCCUGUCUGAAAUGUCCCACUCCGCGGGUCCGAACUGGGCCGGACGAGUUUUCUGCUGCUUCCCGGUUCUUGUGCUGGUCUGCACACAGCUCUUCACACCGGCUGGUGCGGUUUCCGAACCUGGGAAAUGGAUCCUGGACGUCAACAGCGAGAUUCUGAAGAAGCACAACUUCUUUGUUUUCACCAAGACUUUGUUCAACAACAGCGUCAUUCACAUCAAACUGGCUUCAGAGAAGUGUAACUCCUCAUCGCCGGUGAAGUUGGCCGUGUCAUGGUACCUGAGGAAUUCUCACUGCUACGAUGAAGUCUUCAACCUCAAUGAAGUACAAGCGUCUAGAUACUUUGGAUCAGAUAAGGUGCUUCAAAGCGGAGGAAACGGUUUCUAUAUACUGCAUCAAUAUGACCCGUUCACCUGUGAGAUCCACAGCAACCCUAACACUUUUGGUCUGGAUGUAUUUAAAGCAGCAACUCCGUUGACAGAGCCCCCGAAGCCGCCGUCUGUCACUGAGAAGCCUGCGGCUCGAGGGCGGAGAGCCAUCGAGGCUCCUCAGCCGAAGGCCGUGACCGGCAAAACUAAUGACUCGACAGCGAAGAAAAAGAAUGCCGACUCGUCCAAACAGCAGGGGGCGUUGAGUCCUCAUUUGGAUGCUGUGGCCACGAGCUGGGAGGAUGGACCCUACAUGUUCAUCCUCCAGAUCCAGGACGAGAGCCCAUCGCCGGACCCCCGGACACCAUGGAGCCUGCAACUCCAGAUCAGCAUGAAGGGACCGCACGACUUCAUCUCUGCCUCGGAAUAUCCGCUGAUGCUGUUCUACAUGGUCAUGUGCAUUGUCUACGUGCUGCUGGCGCUGCUCUGGCUCGUCCUGUCCGCCCGCUACUGGAGAGACCUGCUCCGGAUCCAGUUCUGGAUAGGUGGCGUCAUUUUCCUGGGAAUGUUGGAGAAGGCUGUUUACUACGCGGAGUUCCAGAGCAUCAGAUAUGACGGCUUGUCGGUCCAGGGGGCGGUGGUGUUCGCCGAGGUGCUCUCUGCAGUGAAGAGGACUCUGGCCCGAGUCCUCGUCAUCAUCGCCAGUCUGGGCUACGGGAUUGUCAAGCCGAGACUUGGAGCGCUGCUUCACCGGGUCGUGGGCGUCGGCCUGCUGUACCUGAUCUUCUCUGUGGUGGAGGGGAUCCUGAGAGUCAACGCUGGUCGAGGAGACAACACCAGCAGCCGGGUUCUGUGUGACCUGGUUCUGGCCUUCACAGACUCCUGUGUGGUCUGGUGGAUCUUUGUGAGCCUGGCUCAAACCAUGAAGCUGCUGAGGUUGCGGAGGAACGUCGUCAAGCUCUCGCUCUACAGACACUUCACCAACACGCUCAUCUUCGCCGUCAUAGCCUCCAUCAUCUUCAUCAUUUGGACCACAAGGACCUUCAAGAUGGCUAAAUGUCAAUCUGACUGGAGGGAGCUGUGGAUCGACGACGCUUUCUGGCGCUUCCUCUUCUCCAUCAUCCUGCUGGUCAUCAUGUUCCUGUGGCGCCCGUCGGCCAACAACCAGAGGUACGCCUUCAGCCCUCUGGUGGAUGAAGAGAGUGAGGAAGAGGAGGAAAAGGAGCCAAUGAUGAACGAGGCCUUCGAGGGAAUGAAGAUGAGGGGGAUGAAGAACGAGACCAAUGGCUCUGCUAAAGCAAACAAAGUGGAUGAAGAUCUGAAGUGGGUGGAGGAGAACAUCCCGACCUCCAUGUCUGACGUAGCUCUGCCGCCCCUGCUGGACUCUGACGAGGAAAUCAUGACGACCAAGUUCGAGAUGUCCAAGAUGGAGUGAAGAGACGCAGCCGGCGGACGAGUGGGUGAGGGGCGCCCUGCAGCGACUGACCAGGGCCGACAACCAAUCACAGCUUUUAUCUCCAGCCUGUAUUUAUAAUGUAAAUAAGUGAAGAGUAUUUUGUUGCGUCGCUUGUUCCUGUUGUGCUUUUCUGAGGAGUGUCUAAAUAUUUGGAGGGAAAUGUGACUUUUCACCAGAGUUUCUAUU